AUGGCACGGUCCAGGGCAGCAGAAACCGUCCGCGCGGGCUAUGGGGGGAUGAUGGAUAUGAUGCUUACGGCGAAAGCCAACAUCGCGGCUCAUCGUCAACGUGCGGUGGUCGUGGCUAUGCUUGGUACGAUGACGGAGGGGCAGGUCAUGGCUUCCAAGGCCCGUCGGGCAACUUCAUUGAGGGGGUCGCCGGGCCUAACUACUGAUAGCAGGGCGGGCACCGUGCGUUUCGUGGGGGUCGAGGAGGGGGCAGGCGGCCCCCUCCACCGCGGCCACCUCUGCCUCCACCGGCGCAAACUUCCAAAGAGCUCGGCUCUCUUGGCAUAUUUUGCUUUCGACAAUGCAGACUAUACUCCGAGAAAUAUGAGAGAACUUAUUACGGAGGACAAUAGUGAAAAUGCAACUACAUAUAAGGAUAGCAGCGAUCUGCAGAAAAACAAAGGUGACUGCUCAACUGAUUGGCUUUCAACCAUGCCCACGAUCCCAACACACUAUAACAAUUCUUUGAAUGACUAUCCGAAAUAUCAAGAUAGUGAGGGAACUUUCGAGUUCAAUAUAGGAUCUGAGGGAGCUAUAAAUCUUAACCAAAUAAGUCAGCCAAGUAAUAUUGCAAAACCGGUUGGUUAUGGUUUUCAUGGAAAUGAUGGCAGCACGACUAGUCUUUGUGGAGGUGCUCUUAGUGGACGAGCAUCUAAUACUAAUAAUGGUCACGGUUAUACUAAUGGUAAUGGUGCUCAUGUUGGAGUUCUAGCAAAUGGAAGCAUGGUUAGUGCAUCACAACCGUCCAAUCUUUCACAAACAGCACAACAGCCAAUGCCCACUUUGAAUUUAUUUCCAAGUAAUACAAUGUUUGCCAUGGAUAAUCCAAACCAUUUAAGGCAACAGGAGCUUCUACCACAGUUAUAUCCACUCAUCUAUGACUCUAGCAUUGGAGGGAUAAGGAUGUUGACUCCGCCUCUAGAUGAUGGUGAAGACCUCCUCAGAAGCUACCUUGGUGAGGACGAGGACAUGCAAAACACCGCAACCACGGACAUGGCCCAUGGAAUGCAGAAUGCAGCAACCAUGGACAUUACACUGGGAAUAACAAAUUCUGCAACUGUGGAGAUGACCCAAGAAAUUUCAGGAGAUGGUGCUGCUGGUCAGACCAAUGCAAUGCAGCUUCAAGGCCACGGCAGUGAGUUUUUCAACACGGAUAGUACUACUGUUGAAACAGCCGGCAUAUCAGGUACAGGUGGACUAGGAACAGACGAGAUGAUGCAUGGGGUAAAUAUGGAUGAAUUUAACAAAUUUAUGAAUGAGAAGGUAUGUACUAUUCUCAGUAUUAGCAUGCCUGCAUUUUUCUAUUUCAUUGUCCUUCUAAAAUUUGCGAGAACUUAA